CAGACUUCAAAAUUUGACAAAAAUAGAAAAUGGGGCGAAGUCAGUACCGCAUCAAUUCAAAUUGGACUGGCAGAGAACCUGCACUCAUAUUGGAGUGUAUCUACUACUCCAGGCUGUCCGUCUCUCUACUGCACUGAAUUUGACAGUAAGGGAAGUUACUGCUGCAACAAGAUGUCAAGGUUAUCGAAUUUUAAGGAUUUUGAAUAACAAGACAGCAAACAGCCGCUGAGCCGCCUGCGUGGCUAUGCCAGAGGGGCACUUUCGAUUAAUUGAUGAAUUUAGGAAGAUACGUGAAAAAUUGGCGUUUCCAACAGAUAAACUUCUUGUUACGUGCAGAGGAAAUGAUUUCACGGAUAUCUUGGAGCCACUUAGUAAGAAACUUGGAAAACCAGUUACUUACAGUGCGAUACGGAAAGAGGUGGAAACAAAAUCUUUUUUAAUUGAUGGAAAUGAGUCUAAGAGUAAGGACCAAAUUUCAUCUUAUUUGUGCCAUUCCAAAGAGACUGCUGCUAAGUUCUACAAAUUCAAAAAUGACGAGGCUGUCGUGGAAGAGUCUCUCCAGGUCUCAAAUAUCAUUUUUCAACUAGCAGCAACCGAAGUGGUUGCGCGAGACAGAAUUCUACCAAGAACGUUCACAGAGACUUUUCCAUCAAAAGACAGCCUCGGCAAGAGUGUGGAGCAGGCACUGCGCUACACCAGCAUCAGAACCCUUCCACUCUCUUCCGCAAGCUACAACAAGGUUCGAGCUAACUGGCUCGAAUCCUUCCGGGAUAAGGCUGUAAUUUUCUAUUCCAACCAAAUGGCUGCAGCUAGAUGUCUACAUUCUAGAGAUAAUGUAAAGAAGAUGAUCGAAAACUCGGUGUGGAGUAAAGAUGUUGCUGAUAUAACGUGUAUGAUUUUGGAAAAUUUGUCCGGUAAAAAACUCAAAUAAAUAUAUCUAUUUUUUUUAA